AACCCGCCACAUAAUCACGUGUCUCCACACCGUCACUGACAUGUGCAGAGUCCUCCGCUCGCCCUCGCAUAAUUCAGGGAUAUCCUCACUAACACACUCGGAGUGCCUUGCUCAUCCUCGUACGCUCGAACAUAAUCCAGAGCGCCACCGAGGAGCCCCUCAUAUCUUAUCCUGCUCGGAGAUACUCUGCUCAGCAACACUCUGGUCGACAGCACCAUCCUCAAUUGCACACCGCUCUAUCUCUGCAAACCGGUAUAACCCCUCGCCCAUCUCAUAGCGCAGCGCCGCACCGAGCCCAUAUUGCGCCUGAAUGUACGCAGACGUGCUGGUUACGCGAGCUUCAUGGGCCAUGCGCAUCUGUUCCUUGAAGGCAGCAAAAGGAUCGUUGACAGCUGUGCUGGGUGUGGUAGUCGUCUUUGAGGGAGACAUUGUGGGCUGCUUUGAUGAUUUGGUAGUUGUGGUGUUUAAAGAAGACAUUGUGAAGUGGCUUGACGAUGUUGUAGUUGUGGUGGUUAUACUUGGGGGAGACAGUGUGAGAUGGUUUGAUGAUGUGAUUGGUUUCGGUGAUUUGAUUUGGAUACAAUACGGUCAACAGUACUGUGGGAGUUGCUUGGAGUUGUUCAUGUUAUAUAUGGGGUGCGAGGCGGUCUUUAUACACGCAUCUUUGUGGCUUUUAAUGGUUAUUCCUAGUAUGAACCAGACUCCUCGCGACCCUUAUAGUCACUUUCGUCCCGUUGUGCCGCCCUCAACACAACCAAUAUAACUGACCCAACGUCUAUCCAUGGAUUGGAAAGCC